CGAAAUGAAUGACAAGGAAAACACGACUGACAAGUUAUGGAGCACCCUUGUGAGACUCUAUACAGUUGAGGAACAUAAUGGGGUCAUAUCCAUCCCUAUGCCCGAUGAGCCUGCGAUCGUAUUGUUGCAGCAAAUAUGCCUUGACGCCCUGCGUCGGCGGAAAGGGAGAUGUCUUGAAAGCAAUGAAAUAUAUGACGAGAUGAAGCGUGUGUUUAAAUGUUUUGGCUGUAGCAGGGCUUGGAACUCUCACAUUCCCUUGCUCCCAGCGUCCACCACUAUCAUCGCCUCCGGUAAGCGAAUCACCAUCGAGACAUCGGGUGAGACAUGGAAAUACCUUACAGACCUCAACCGAGACCGAAGAGACGCUCGAGAUCGUCGCCUCAUAUCAUGCUCCGGUCCAUAUCGUGAAUAUCUCAAAUAUAUCAGUGAAGAUAUCUGCAGCCAGGUUGAAGAGGGUGACAGCAAGGAAGCUAGGGCCAGCCGAAAGGCGUACCAUAAAAAGCUGCAUCAGACGCCGGAGAGAGUAGCCGACAAGAUCGAGGUGCCUGGCUUGUUCUUGACGCUCAAACCGACAGGGGAUUUCAAGCAUGCGCGCUUCUUGUGUGCUUGUCGUUUCCGGUCGAAAGAGCCCUUCGCCAGUGCCCCCCUACCGGAAGCCACGGAUAAUUUCGUGCUGUAUGGGGCGGAAAAAUGCUCUGAAGUUUUGUGUUAUCUUACUCAUUUUGGCUCUCAGCCUUGAGCGAUGCCUGGUUCGCAAUUGGAAAAUCAGCCGCCUAAGCCACGUUGACGAAGUGGUCGAGACGGUUUGCCUGAAGGUCGUUCAAACGGCAACCGCUUGGGUAUACGCGGACAACACGGUAGGGGAUCCGCGCCGGGGAAAUUCUCCUUUGAUCAAUGUUAAUCGAGUUAGGGAGACAGAAAGGCCAGAGAUGGAGUUAGAAGACUGUUUUCUUAUCGACGAAAUCUAAAAGGAUUCAAGGCUGGAAAAUGUAUUACGGAUCUCAGAAUGGCUGAUGGCAUGGAUCACAUGGAGAUUUUGGAGUUAGGAGCAGGGGUAUGAACAUAAGGUCGACAUAAGGUAUCGUUAGGGCAUAAGCAUAAGCGGGUCUAAAGGUAUAAUUGGCGCAUGGGAGUACUGACAGGUCUGUCUGCCUGGGUCAACCAGACCGUCGAAGGUUCAAGGUUUCUUUUAUGUGGCGACACUUGCUUGAAUAAAAUCAUAUGAAAGGCUUCGGCCACAUACUUAUACCAUUAAGAAGGCGGGGUUGAUGGAGUCCAGGUGGCCCAAGCUCAAUUGCCCCUUGCAUACUGGUGCAGGUCCAGGUGGUCAUAGCUUAGAUAGAUAAGAUAAGGAAAGGGUAGAAAUCAAUGCAGCCAUCUUACGUCUGGUUGUUGCUGUCCGACCACCAGUACCACUAGGUCGCAGGGAUUAUUAUUGAUGUUGUUGAGUUGAAGUUCUAGUCACUGACUGAUGUCACAGUACCA